AACAACGAUGCUGGCUUCAACUUGAGGUCUUAUGGCGGCACUGGCACUGAACUGCUACCAUAUCUGCACCUACUAUCUAGCCAUCAGGCAGAGGGUAAGAGCAGCGUAAGGAGGCGCACUUGUUGAAGCAUUGCGCAAGCGCCUGAGCUUUGCAGCCCCUCUCAACGAUGAAGGCAGCUGCGAAGCAGAUCGCUCUCGAGGCCGCAAAGAGGGCCGCCAACGAGGGCGGAAAGCUGGCGUUUGAGGCUGCUGUGGAGCAGCCUUUGCGUCUACUGGGCGAUGCGGCCGAGGCUGGCUGCCAGCUCACCCCCCUGGGGCUGUUCAACAUGGGCCUGGGGAUAGUUAAUCUGGCCGUUGGGGCAACCGGCCUUGGAGUGGGCAUAUUCAAUGCCUAUCAGGUCCUCAAGGUGAAAAAGGACCUGGGGUUGCUGCAGAUCCAGACAGCGAGCAUUGGGGUCAAGACGCUCGAAGGGCUGGAGAAGAACGCAGCAGAGGUCCGCAGGGUAGGGGCGGGGCUCUCUGCUGACAUCAGCAAACUGUCAUCACAGCUGGGGGGCCUUGUGAUUGCCGAGGGCAAGCAAACCAGGGUCGCACUUGAGGAGAUGAAGGCGCAACUGGAUCUGCGGUUGGAUCGGGUGGACCUGGCUAUGGGCUGGGUUGGGAAAAUGGUGACAAAACUUGCAGAGAAGCAAGGUGCACUUUCGCAGCAACUAGCGGAGCUGCAAGAGGGAGUCAGGGGCCUCCAUGCUUUGCACAAGAGUGCAGAGCACGAAGAGUUCCAAACAAGCAUCACCCUAGUUGCAGACCUCUAUCGGGACGUGCUGUUCCAGCUGCAGUCCGGGGGGUGCGGGUCAGUCGAGUGCCAGGAGCUUCAAAGGGAAGCCAAGAAAUUGGCGGCCUGGACGUUACCUCGUUUGAGGCGGUAUGCGCCGGGAGACCUCCGGCGUGCGCCCUUUAUGGUGGCCCAAGUGUAUGCGCUCGUUGCUGAGGUAGAUGCUCGGGUUCUUGGGGAGAUGCUGAAAUUGGGUGCCAAUGCUCAGGAGGGCCCGGUGACAGUGCAGAGCAGACAGAGGCCGCUCUGUGUGCAGAAGUUGGCGACUCUCGCGCAUGAAGUGGAGAUGGAGGCGCGAGCGCUUCUCGACACUCAUGCGUCCUCCCCUUACGCCCUCGCCGUGGACGUUGCUCCCAUUCUGUCGCAGUACGCGCUUCUGCACCGGAGCAUUGAGGCCAAGCAGGGGGUGGGGAGGCCCGUCGUUUUUGAGCUCCACGAAGCAAGUCUUGCUGUUGCAGGGCCGCAAGUUGCGGUUAGCUGGAACGACGGUUUGACCAACAUGCGGAUCCUCAGUUCGGUUCUGGCUUCAGCCGGGAAAGAUGGGGGCGGUUCUGAGUGGCUUGAGGUCCGAACGGUGGCGGACGUGCUCUGGCUUGCGGAGGUGUUGGAGAAGCCUUUCGAGGAGUGCCAGCUGGCAGACAUGCGGGGCGUCAGGAAGCAGGUCCUGCUGGACGCGCUAGGGGUUCCUCAGGGGCUCGGAGAUGGGUGCGCGCUGGAGGGUGAUGGCCUGGCUGCGCUGAGAACGCUCGCAAUGCCGCGACUGAGGGAGUCGGUGGAGGGUGCGGUGAAUGCGUCGUUCGGCAGCCUGGAGACGCCCCUUGUGAUGCCAACAUGGCCUGAGGUGGCUGGGAUUGUGAAAGAGGCACUUCAGCGGCUGGCAGUCGUCGAUGCUGAACGUGCCGAGGAGGAAGCGCAGGAGCACGGGAAGCUCUUGGCGUCGGUGUCAUACGAUACGACAGUCGUGGUGUGGGAUUGGGCUGCAGGGCUGCCCGUCCGCACCUUAGAAGCCAGUACUGACAGUCAGAUUGCUUGGAGCCCCGAUGGGCAAACCCUAGCGACAGCUUCAAACGAUGGCACGGUCGGUUUGUGGUCGGUGGAGACGGGCCAACGGCUCCACGAGUGGAAAGCUGGCGAUGGCCCGUUUUGGCAAGCGUGCGUUGCCUGGAGCCCAAAUGGAGGCUUGUUGGGCAUAGGGAAAUAUGAAGGGAUUGAUAUCUGGGACUCGAGGACAGGUGCGCGGGUGAAGCAGAUGGAAGGCCAUACGAGUCAAAUAACUGGCUUGGCUUGGCAACCAGAGGGCAACAUGUUGGCAUCCGCAUCGUGGGACAAGACUGCCAAGGUGUGGGACGUGCCUUCGGGCCAGCCGGUACAGACUAUUACCGCACAUACGAAGACAACAAGAUCGGUAUGUUGGAGCCCCGAUGGACGCAAGCUAGCAACAGCUGCGGACGACGGGUUGGGGUACUUGUGGGACCUGACGGAUGUGGCCCACUCGCUCCGGAAGCUAGCAGGCCACUCAAAAGGUAUUUACAGUGUUGCUUGGAGCCCAAACGGUCAAACUGUUGCAACAGCUUCGGAGGACACGACGGUGGGGUUGUGGCAAGCUUGACUAGCUCAAAAAUGAAUUGACAAUAAAUCACGAGGAGUCUAUGUAGGCACGUUGUAGGAAAACUAUCACGAUUGGGUAGGAGUUUAUCUGGUAGAGUUGAGCACAAGCCUAUGGUACUGUAGCCCGAAGGCUGGACACACAUUAGUGACAAAUAUAGGUAUGCCAUGAGACGCCUGAUGAUGGCCUAGCUAUCGUUGACCACAGCAAAAAUGAAAAGAGACGUAGUGACUAUUUUCUCGAAGGUGACUGGCUUAGGCUAACUCUUGAGUACUCCUAGAAACAUUUAGACAUUUUAUGUCAAACCAUCUGGUGGCAACGAAUCUCAUGGAGGUCUGGCUUUCUGGCGCGUGGCCGCCACUGUGACACAAGAAUUCAGGACUAGGAACGAAAUUGAUAAUUUUAGACAUG